ACAACAAUAAAUAACUAUGGCGCUGACGCGACAAGAUUACAUAUACUUUUCAAAGCACCUGUAUCUGAAGUUCUCGAAUGGGAAGAUGCUAGUAUAGUUGGCAUGCAGAGAUGGAUUGCUCGUGUUUGGAGAAUGGUUGAAAAUGUUAUUGAAAAAGUUCAGCCAACAAGUAAUCAGAAUAUGAAUAUGUUUAGUAAAGAAGAUAAAGAAACAUCUAGGAUCAUAAACAUUACAAUAAAAGAGGUGACGGCGGAUUAUGAAGAUUCAAAAUUUAAUACAGCAGUAUCAUCACUAAUUAAGCUAACAAAUCAUCUGACAAGUAUUUCACCAUAUCAAAAUGAAAAUACAUCAAAAUCCACAAUUAUUUCACCAACAUACGAGUAUGGAGUAAAAACAUUGGUAAAAAUGAUGGCACCAAUGGCACCUAGUAUAGGAGAAGAAUUUUGGGAAAUUUUAAAUCAAGGAAAACAAAGUACAUCUGUAUUUGAAGAAUCAUGGCCCGAAGUUGAUACAGAAUGUUUAAGUGCUAAUGAAGUUACUUGUGUUGUUCAGAUUAACGGAAAAAUGAGAUUCUCACUUAUGAUUCCAUCAACAAUUUUACAAGAUAAUCUCAGCGUCGAAAAUUUGAUUCUAGAAUCCGAGAAUGGAAAAAAAUGGAUUGAAAAAGUAAAUGCUGAUAAAAAAAUUAAAAAAAUUAUUCAUGCUAGCGGAGGCAAAAUU